GCUUAGACGAGAUAUUUACCUGCGCGCGGAGAUCCCGGCAGGAGCGUAUAUCGCCCGCACGCCAGCUCCCUCGAGAGCCCCCCCCCUCCCUCGGAAGUGGGCCCGCAGGCCCCGCACGCACGCAACACGGCGCUACGCCGACGAGGACAGCGCGCCAUGCGUCAACCUUAAACUUACUUACGAGGGACGAAGAUCGGGACGGGAUCUGCGAUCAGUGAGCGGCCAAAAUGUCGAAGAUGUUGUCGAAGCUGAUACUAUUGCUCUGGGCGGCAAUUCCGAUUGCCUUGUCCCAGAGCAACUAUGCAUCGCAAGGCAACAGCAUCGAGUACCAGGCGUCCGGAUUGCCGCCGAGCACGGUCCUCGACGGCAAGGUCACCAAACUGGACGACAUCUCGCCGGUUAUAUUUCUGAAUCGAACGAAAGCCUAUCUGAAUUGCGGCCAGGGUAGCAUGGAGGUCGAGCUCAAGUUUGAGGAGCCGUUUUACGGAGUGGCCUACGCCGACUUUGAUCGCAAUAGCGCCUGCAUAUUCAAGGGACGGGGCGCGACGACCGCCAAAUUGGAACUACCUCUGAAGGGAUGCGGUACAAAGCAAGACCCUCUACGUGUGUUCACCAAUAAUGUGGUUGUUCGCUUUCAUCCUGGAUUAGAAAUGGACGGAGAUGAGGUUAUCACUAUAGUCUGCAGAUAUCCUCCACCCGUAGCACCAGCACCUCCUAAGCCUCCUGAAAGCAUAAUGGCCACGCUGACGCCUGCGUCGGUGACCGAGCCGCCGUUGAAAGGCUUCCAGAUCCUGCUGAUUAUCUGCGCCAUCCUGUUCCUCUCGUUGCUCCUGCUCGGCCUCGGCUGCUCGUACAUGUGCCUGAAACGCCGAAACGUGCGCGUGGUCCAUCGGCAUCCGUUCGAAAGCGGCACCGGCUCCGAGAUAACGAAGCUCUCCGGCUCGUCGCUGAGCAACAUCACGAUGUUCGAAGGCCUGAAGAUACCGCGCGCGCACGCUUUCCUUCACGCGACCGCCGUCUCCACUUCCGGUAGCGAGGCGAAUCUAGUGAUCGAUCAUUCGGAUACAUUGCCGAGUGAUUAUCCGAGCGAGAGCCACUCCGAGGUGGAUGAAGAACGUUCUUUACCUGUAUCCUCUGCCGGAUCCUACGACAACAAAGCAUUUGUGGAUCAUCACGAAGUUCAACAUCAGCGUCAAGUUGAAAUGCGUACUUCGAGCUCCCUGUACUCGGAGACAGUCGCCGCCGAGGUGGAGACCUCCUCGAUGACGGCCGCGAAUGCCUCGAGGGUCAUGGUACCGCGACAUCCCGUAGCCAUUCCGAUUGAACCCAAGUUCGAUGUGCAGAUGAGGGUUAAGAGAGCACCACCGCCGCCGAGUCCAUUGCCAUCGGAGUCCGACGUGGCGAGCAUCGCUCUCGAAAGAAAUCUGACAACUAUUUUGGAGAGAGAGGAGACCUCUCGCUCGCUAGAAAGCGCACCCUACCGAAUGACAACCUUCUCCUAUGUACCGGAACUUCAUGGGCCACCGGGAGGCGCGUCGUCCAUCUCGACCAUCUCUCGACAACAGACGCCACCGGUCUACUCCAGGAUUCUACGCAAACAAGCGGAGAGGGAGACCACCGUGAUCCAGGAGAAACUCCCGUCGCCGACUACCGAGCCACCACUGCUUCACGAGAUCCGUCGCCCAAGGUCCCUGACCUCCUUGAACACCGAACUCACCGAGACCCGCUCGUUGACCGAGGUAACGGACGCUUCACACGCUAAGUACCGGGUGGCGAGUAUCUUGGCACCUACCCCGCCGCCGCCGCCACCGAUCGCACCCACCACGUCCACUACCACGACUCACACCGCCAUUCAGCAUCGCGAGCACCGUCUGUUGCGCGAGGAGAUGACCGAACCGUUGGUCGAGCCGCAGGUGGUCGCGCCCCGCCGUCCGGAAAUCACGACUCACGAGGUGGACGACGUGUUCCUGCGCACCGUCACGGAGAAGAAGACCAUCGAGGACGUGGAGCGUCACUCUCGUCAGAUCACCGAGUACCGCGCCAGGUCCCAACCGCCGCCGGAUCUCAAGUGGGACGUCACCAUUAGAAACUAUCCGACGGAGGAUCUACCGCCGCCUCCGCCGGAAUGGGAGAACUUCUCCGACGUUAGCUCGGCCUCCAAUCUGACCCUCACGAACGAACCGACGAACCACCUGGCGGAUGACGAACCGGACGUGAACAUCGAGCCGACUUACACCACGCGCGCCGAAAUACCUUGCCGACCACCACCCGCUUCGCGUCGUUCCCUCGACGACGCCGAUGCCGAUUGGUACACCAGAUUGGCGCGCGUCCUGGAGCCGCGUUACGCCACCGAGCUGACGGACGAGGAACGUGCCAAGUGGCGUGAGAUUAUCACGACGGAGAGCACCCUGCGAACCCUACUAACCGAGGCAGUGGUUAAGGAGGACUACGAGCUGAUACGCAAGGACGCGAGAUAUGUCAAUCUGUUCCCACCGGCGAAGUGGGACGUGAUUAUUCGAAUCCUGAGUCCACCGUCGGCGCACACCGGUUCCACCUCGUCCUCCGGCCAUGGCAAGAAUCAUGGGCAGAGAUACAAACGAUCCAAGUCAUCGGAAUGGGACACCAGAUCCAGACGAUCCUCUCUUCCUACUUUGUACGAGUACGAGAGCGAUGGCGGCAGCUCAGCGCGAACCUUGGGUACUCAGAGUCAUCAUCUACAAACGUCGCAGUCCGCCACGACCAUGACCAGUGGACAGAUCAUCGGCCGUCCACGUCGACUGGGCGGUUCGAUUCGUUCGCGGGGAGCCGGAGCUGGUAGCGAGGCUGAUCUGAGAUCGAUGUCCGAGAUAACCGUCCGUGAUUUCGCACGGAUGGACAGGGACGACCUGACCAGCUUGAGCUCCUUCGAAGGCGCGGACUCGUUGGUCAGAUCGCUCAGUCAGCCCAGCUUGGCCAGGUCGGGCUCGGAAUUCACCGAGCACUGGGGCAUGCCAUCCAGCAUUUUGCCACCAUGGGCAACCACGGAGGAUGGCGUCAGUUCUGUGGAAACGACCCCGAGGGCGAUCAGGAGGGGCGACAGGCUGGAGGUCCUCGCCUCCUUCGACGAGCAUAGACGGGGCCCAUCUAUCGCGAGAUCGAGUCGAUACACCGAAAGGGAGCUCAAUGUUCGCGUGACGGAAAGUCAGAGGGCCUCGGACUGGUUCAACGACAACAAUUCCGAGCCGGAGAUGCAGAUCUGAGCGGUUCCGAAAGAUAGAUUCUUGAUUUUUACCUCGAGUCCUUUAGGUACGGAGAUGUAAUAUUUCUAGAUCUUGUCGAAGAUCUGAGUAGAGUUAUUAGAAACGAAUGUCGAUAACAGAGGCAACACCGUACCACUUGCACUUUACAAAAUCAAAUAUCUCAUCUCUUUGAAUCCGUUGAGCGGUGAAUUUUUUAAUAAUACAAUAAAACCGGUUAUUCGAACCAUUUGGGUGCAUUUCGAUCGAGUCGAUUUUCAGCGCUUUAAAUGGCAGAAAUGUCAGUUAUAUCAAUAUCGGGUAUAACAAUCGUAUUCCGAAAAAUUGAUAACUUUUUAACAAAAUUCUGAAUGAAGAUUGAAAUUGUAAUUCCGAGACGCUGGCGGAAAAUUUUAAAUUUUAGAUACCGUUUGAAUAUGAAAGUGAUAGAUUGUCCGGAAAAUCAAAAGAGAACGCCGCGAACUAGAGGGAGAUUUGUUGAAGGGUCAGUAGAGUUUUCAUCUCCUGAUCCUUCGCAACUUUCAUGUUCUCCAUUCUAUUUCACGAGCCACGAUGGAUACGAUGGAUUAUGAUUUAUGCGGGCAUCGCUCGUAUUUUUCUUAUGGGCACUUUUUCGGUUGGUGUCUACGUGACUCGCGCAUUACGAGUGCAUGCCGCGUUUGUUUUGCUUUCAACUCGGGACGUCUAAUAUGAUCGAUAUCUUGCCAGGAAACGAGGCGCAGUGUGCACACAACAGCGACGAGAUAACGUUUCCGCAACCGUCGAAACGUAAAAAUUCACUUUAUUUGUAGCGGCCAGUCCCCGCUGCGUUUCUUUCCUUUCGUUUUUUUUUUUUUUU